AUGGAGGCCGCCGACACCGUACUGACUAGCUCACCAGAAUCCCGUCGCAGGUCCGGCAGAGUGGUGCGCAAACCAGAAUCCUUCUCGCAAAACCAGCACGGCGCCAGCGUGCUCAAAAAUGGUGCCGGCAAAAGAAAAAGAGCAGCCGAACCAACCCAUGGAGAAGAAGAUGAUGAAGACAACGAGUCCGUGGAAGACAGGGAAGACGAGGAAGAAGAAGAUGAAGAAGAAGAAGAUGAUGAGACCGAGUCCGACGAGGACGACGGUGAGCCGGACGAAGAGGAAAUAAAAGCCCAACGACGGGCGCAGAGAGCAAAAGCAGCGGCUGCAAAACCUGCAGCCAAACGCGCAAAAACAACCCCUGGACUCAGCACGACUCUCGCCAUUCGGUCAGCAAAUACUCAGAGUCAACCUGCAGCAAGAGCCUCAAAAUCUAGAAAAGCUCGCGCUCGACCCAGCCAGGCGCAUCGACAAGGACUUUACGCCGAAGUAUUUGACAGGGGACAGUCGCCCGAGGACACCGCUGCUGCGUGGUUUGAGGAGGUGCAGAAGGACAGCGUCAGAGCGUUGCGAGACCUGGUCAACUUUGUCCUCCAGUGCAUCGGCUGCAACUCGAAAGUAGAGGAACAGGACAUUGCAGAUCUGGACUCUGUCCCGAGCAAACUAGGCGAUAUUCUGCAAGAAUACGAACAGCAAAAGCCCACGGACUACCCACUGAUCUCGAAGCAGAAACAUUAUGCAGGAUUUCAGAAUGUCCUGGAAGAAUUCUUCAAGGCCAUCAUCAAGGUACUGCAUACGUCCUCCGCCUUCUAUGACCAAACCGAAAUAUACGACAAUAUCUACGUCUGGGUUGCGACGAUGUCAGGUGCAAACUACAGGUCCUUUCGACAUACCGCGACUAUAAUUUCCUUGGCUAUGAGCACCGCCCUUUGCGACGUGGCGAAGGAGCUGCAGGAUACCAUGGCAACAUUAAAGGCACAACUUGACGCCGAAAAAAGGAAGAAGAACCCUAACAAAGCCCGGAUCAAGACUAUUGAGGAGAGCCAGAGAGCUGCCGAGAGUAAGCUUGACGCUAUUGACACUCAGUUGCGAGACGCCUUUGAGACCGUCUACGUCCAUAGGUAUCGAGAUCAAGACGAGAAAACCCGCGCUCCCUGUGUGGCGGCUCUGGGCAACUGGAUUGUGCUCUACCGCAAGAUGUUUCUCGAAGGUCACUACUUGCGAUAUCUAGGCUGGGUCAUGAGCGACACGAGUGCCAAUACCAGACUGGAGGAUAUCAAACAACUGAAGAGGUUAUUCAGCAACAAGAACAACAUUGCCGCUCUGAGGGCCUUCACCGAUCGAUUUCGGACCAGGUUGGUGGAAAUGGGCGCGAAGGAUGCCGACAUCAACGUAAGGGUAGAGGCUAUAGAGCUGCUUGACCGACUCCGGGAUGCAGAGCUGCUGGAACCCGAUGACAUCGAUGAGAUUGGGCGAUUGAUCUUCGACAGUGAACCUCGGAUCAGAAAAGCGGUGGCUAAGUUUUUUGUCGCCAACAUUGAAGACCUUUACCGUGCCACGAUUGAGGAUUUCGAUGAGAGUCAGUACGAUGCCGCGCUGCCGGACACAGAAGAUGUGGAAGACUUUUUGGUUCCCACUCGAUCUUGGAUCAAGUUCAAGUGUUUGGGCUCGGUCCUUGCUGGCUACGACAACGAUGAAGAAUCGACGGAUGCGACGACUGUUCAACCUUUGCCCGUGAAUUCGAUUUCGGAUUCUCGCUAUACCCUCGCUACACAGUCAAUCUUCCCUCAUAUGGCAGAACUGCACCACUGGGAAAAUUUGGCAGGCUAUCUUCUCUAUGAUCACACCUCCAUCCCAUCGGAGGGCGACGAUGAUGACAUCGACUUCCAGGUUCAGCAAGCAUACAAGCUAGGUGCGGGCGAAGAUACCAUCCUGCUGGACGUUCUGCAUGCAGCCUUCAAGUCAUAUUUGCGGUCGAUACAAGAACCAGCAGGAGGACGGAAACCUAAUCUCACAAAAGUACAGAUUCGAGAGAAGCAAGAAUCGGCAGCGCAGAAUCUCACAGCCCUGCUGCCUCGAUUGAUGAGUAAAUUUGGCAGUACGCCACACACCGCGUCAUCAAUCCUCCGCAUUGAACAGCUGCUUGAUAUCAGCUUGAUCAAUGAGCUACAGAGCGGCGAAACCAGCUACUCUGCAAUCCUUGACGACGUCGCCAAGCAGUUUGUGUCGCACUCGGACAAGCAGGUUCUUGCAACCGCUAGUGCGGCUCUCCGGAAUGCUCUAAGCUACGAACCGAGUAGAGAGGCAGCCAAUGCGAAAGUUCAGGAGAUCUGGACUGAAUCCGUCGCAACCCUGGCAAAUCUUCUUGAUGGCGAGGAUGUCGGGACACGAGGUCUGCUGGACAAACCUUCACUUGUGGAGGUUGUGAAUAUCGUCGUUCGCCUGGCUGAGCUAGCAGGUGUACGUGACUGCAGCCAUGUGGUUGAAAGUAAAUUGCCCACGAGGUCAUCAAGAAAACGGAAAGGCAACACAGGCGGGCCCCGGACUCUGCUCAGCCUACUAUUGCAGCUCUUGCAUCGGGGCGUACCCGACCAAGACACCACCGCUGCUUUUGCUGAGCUUGAAGAUCAAUUAUGCAGUGCUGUUAUCGAGCUGGUCUCGCGCUAUUUCCGUUGGAAAGUGGUUGGGAUCAAAAAGGCAAUAAACGCCAACGAAGAGGCGCAACUGUCCACCGCAUCAUUGACAGAUCUGGCCGCGACGCGGACAGUGUUCGUGGACAACAUCGCUCCAGUGAUUCAAGUGCGCAAGCCUCUUGACCUAGUGCGAUACCAAGCUAUCCUAAGUGUGCUGGAACUCUUCGCACUCUUCGCCACGAUAAGAAAUAUCAGACCCGAGAAAGGUAACCUGAAUGAUGACAUAGAGCGGAAGCUGCGUGGUUUGAACGCUUUCGUCCCAGACGAUAUUAUCAAGGAAGUUAUGAUCACGCACGAAAAGAUGGAGCAGUCAUUUGCGAAGAAGACGCGUCGAAAGAUUGAGUCUGUCAGCGAGAAGGGAAAAUCAAACGAUCCAACCGCAAGGAUUGACGAUGAUGACGAUAUUGAAAAGCCGCCUGAGGAUUCGGAUGACGAACGAGACGGUUCCGAUGACGAAGAGGACGAGGUAGAUGAAGACGAGGAGGGAACACAAGGCAAGAGUGCGAAGAAACAAGCAGCCCUCCUGGCAGAACACAAUCUCUGCGAAUUGACCAGCAAAAUUGUUUUUAACCUUGUGGGCGGUACGAUUAAGGACGACAAGAUCGUUAAGGCACGGCUAAUACUGAACCGUACAAAGUUGGGCAAGAACUACUCUGCGUUGCUGGGUUAUUUGGAUGAAAAGAAGAAGCCACCGCGGAGAAAAGGAGGAAAGGAGCUUUCGGAAAAGGAGAAGAGCGGCAAGAAAGGAGACCAAGGGAGAGACAGAGCUGGCAAGCCAGCAAUCUCGAAAGAAAUCGUGCUCGAGGACGAUGACAUUGAGGACGAUUCUGAUGCUCCUCCCGAGGAACAGCAUGAAGAUGAGGCGCAGCGACAGCGCGAGCUACUGGAAGACGGGAUUGAGGAUCGUGGCAAUGAAGACGAUGACGAUGACGGUGCUGGAAACGAGCAAGGAGGUCAGCUGGAGGGUGAAAGCGGCGGCGACGACGACGAGAUCAUGGGCGAUUAA